CGCCUGCCGCCUGCUGUGCCAUUCCCAAUGUCAUUACGAAGGAGGUGGCAAGUGAUGAGGUCACGGCGAUUGAACUCUUCAUCAACAAUCAGUCCCCUCUGCAUUCGCUCGUGGCUCGCUGCGCGCUCGCCGCCCCACCCCCGGAGUCCCGAAGUCCCGCACCGCAGCGCUGACCGAAGCAGGCUAUAAGAAGAUGGCUAGACGCACAGGGCUAAUUUCGCUUCACUCAUCUUACUCGUCUCUCUGAUAUCAGACUCUGGCAUCAACCUCUUGUGGACGUACCCCAUCCACAUCCACCGACAACCGCUACUUCUCUUCCACUCCUCCACUGUAAAGCCCAAUGUGCCGCCGCGCCGUGUGCCCCAACGAUGGCAAACCCACCUGGUGGGGCUGUGGCAACCACAUCGAGCAGGCGCUCGCCGGUGUGCCCGAGGACGAGCGCUGUCAAUGCCCCCACGAGCCAGUUGAGGGAAACCCAUCCAUGAAGGAGGUCAGGAAGCGCCCCGAGGUAUCCGCAUAG